UUUUUUUUUUUUUUUUUUUUUUUUUUUUUUUUUUUUUUUUUUGUUUGUUGUUCUUUUGAUUUGUCUUAGCAAUGGACAGGCACAAGUGUAGGCUCUGCUUCAGAAGCUUCUCCAAUGGCAGAGCUUUGGGAGGUCAUAUGAGGUCCCAUUUGAUGAACCUUCCACUCCCACCCAAACCAGAAGACCCACCGCCACCGCAUGCCCACCUGAGCGAAGACGCCGACUCUGCUUCUUUCCUGUCGUCCCCCUCAUCCUCGGAAGGCGACGCAGAGGAAAAGGGUCUGGGUUAUGGGCUAAGAGAGAACCCCAAACGAAGCAUUCGGGUGGUAGAUCCCGAAUUCUCAUUCGCCGUGGACGCAGGCUCGGUGGUUCUGCAGGACCGGGAAAGUGAAACAGAGUCGUCAAAGAACCCUACUCGGAGAAGAUCGAAGAGGACUCGUAAGCUCGAUCACCACCAUCACCAGCAUGUCCAUGAGCAUCAUCAUUACAGUGCUUUUAAACGGCUUCAGGAAAAGAAGGUGAACCAGCCGGAAUCGUGGACGGAGGCAGAACAAGUUAGUUCGAUCUCCGGUAGCACAACGGAACAAGACGUUGCGUUUUGGCUGAUGAUGCUUUCUCGGGAUAAAUGGACGAAGCAGCGAGGUGGGUAUGAGGAGGAUGAGGAGGAGGAGGAGGAGGAGGAGGACAAUGAGGAUGAAGAAGAAGAGGAAGUAGAAGAGUCUAUGGAGGAGACCGAUGAUUCCGAGGCGCUGAAAUUUCCAAAGAAUCGGAACAGAGGGAAUUACAAAUGCGAAACAUGCAACAAAGUGUUUCGAUCUUAUCAAGCACUUGGUGGGCAUAGAGCUAGCCACAAGAAGAUUAAACUCUCUGUAACUUACAACAAUCCCCAACUGGUAACCCACCGUGAAAAUGCAGCUUCCAUGGGUGAAAGGAAAAUUCACGAGUGCCCUGUUUGUUUCAGAGUUUUUUCUUCCGGCCAAGCCCUGGGCGGCCAUAAGAGAUCUCAUGUCACCGCUUACUCAUCACCCAACUCAAUUCCGCCCAAAACUCCACCACCCAAAAAGUUAGGUGACAGUUUCAUAGAUCUUAACCUCCCGGCUCCUUUCGAGGAAGACGAUGUUAGCCAGAUCGAACUCUCGGCAGUUUCUGAUGCGGAUUUCGUCAACGCCAUUAGGCAAUAAAACAUACCUCCUCUUCUCAAUUUUUUUUUUUUUUUUUUUUAAAAAGGAAAAAAAGAGAGGAAAUUUUGACCUUUUACUGGGUAUUGAUUAUAAAGUUUGUUGAGUUUUGACUACUUUUAUGGUUGAAAGCUUCAUUAAUCGGACUUGGGAAUUCUCAUC